AUGGACAUGGACAUGAUUUCCAUUGUCUGCGCCCGUUGUGGCGAGGCGAGACCAGCAGAUGAUUUCGUCAGCAAAAGGAAGUCUGCCGGAAGCACGAAAAACUGUCUCGAUUGCCGUAAUAAGAACAAUUUUCAUCACUCCAGAUCCAGAGGCGCGAUCCAAACAUUGAGGAACCUCGCCAUCCGUAGUGAGAGUCUCAGUCUGAAGAGAACUGACGGAGAAGCUGGCUUAUCGCCCAACAAGGAGAGGACCGGAACCCAGCCCACAUCUCCACAGAGGUUGCAGCAAACUCCUACAGCCAGGAAGUUAUUCGGAGAGUCAAAUACUCAGCAGAGCCAGCCCCGGAUAGUGCUGGGGACUCCAAUUCCACCAACCCAACCGAGCUCGCGGCUCUUCCGGGCUCUAGCUCCCUCACCACCAGUGCAGCCAACGGCCCAGUCAAUCGCCUCACACUCUGAUGCCUCUGCUGUCCGAAGCAGCACAAUUCGUGUGGGUUACUCUUACCUCGCUGCUGGAUUCCACAAGGGCGGGAAGGACUCGCAAGAUGAUGCUUCGACGGCCAGGGCAAGGACCAAACUAGCCGCUAUCCGGCGCGACCGUCGUUCGCGGCGCCGUGCAGGGGAGUCUGUGUCACUGACUCCCUCGAUAUCUCAAAUCGGUGGUUUUGAAGCUCCUGAUGGGAGUCAAGAUCGACUACAGUCAGACGAGCUUCUAGAUGUGGAUGGAAUAACCAAGGAAGCGGGUGACAGGGGACAGUUCUGCGAAUCUGAUCUUGACGCCGAGGACUUUUUCAACUUACUCCUUUCGCCUGCUCGACCACGGAGGUACCUCGAGCAAUUAGGGGUGGAAUGUAAUUCCGAUCCAGGGGACGAAGACUGCAACGGCGAUGAUGAUUCCAUAGACGAAAGCCCUGCUCGCCAUCGCUUGCGGCGGCAGCAUUCCACACAGCCGAAGCGUGGUCGCCGUGGUCCUGCGCCUGGUGCAGGAGGGCGGCCAAGACAGUCUCGAAGGCAAACUAGAGCGUCGAGGCCGCCACGACGGUACCGGAGUCCAGUGAUGAUUCCACCUGAAGAAUCGGCGGUAUUUCACGCACAAGAUCCGGUAUGGAAUGGUGACCUGGACGCUUGCGCCUUGACUUGUCGUGAUAAAGCAAUCCUCCGUGAGUUCUGGACAAAGCUUGACAAUGAUCAAAUGCAACUUUGCGGUCGGUGUCAAGAGCGCUGGUUCCAGAUGAAUAUCGAUUCGGAUGGCAUUUGUGCGCGUUGCUGUCGAAAGGAUGAUAAACGCGGCCCCGAAGAGCCGUAUUUCUUCUCUGUGGACAACCAGUUGGAUUUUGGCUCUCUUCCGACGCAAUUGCCUCAGCUUACACCUACUGAAGAGUCAUUAAUAGCCCGCGUUCAUGUUCACGUGAAUAUUAUGCUUGUGCGGGGCCAGCAGUACAAAUAUCGGGGACAUGUUGUUCACUUUCUCCGCGAGGUUGGGUUGGUGUACAACCAACUCCCGCUCCUACCGCAAGAGUUGAACACUGUAUUGCUCCGUCCUGCCAAUACGUCGUCCCAUGCAAAUCUUAGCCGCCAGUUCACCCGCCAGUUCCGUGUACGCCGCCAGCCAGUGGCCAUAUGGCUUAACUACCUCCGGAGACACCACCCCGGCUACCGAUGUAUCGUCGUCGACGAAGAGCGGCUGAAUCAACUGCCUCAAGAUGGCAAUGUCCUGGAUGCUAUCCCACAGAGCCAAGUGGAUGCUGCCGACGUUGGACCCGAGGGGGAUCCAGAGGCAGAACCAGACUUGGUGGACGAGGCUGCUGUGCCGGACCUCUUAGCCAAGGACACGGAGAUUGAUGCCCUGCGGUGCGUUCUCGCCGGAGAAUCAGAAAAUGGUCCAGCACUUGCCACAACCUUCGAGUCACAGGCGCAGCACCAGUUGCUGCUUCCGAAUAUACGGCGCACGCCCAUUAAUGAGUUCAAUCGCUCUCACGCUCUACUCUCCUUGGCGUUUCCGUGCCUUUUCCCCGACGGGAGAGCCGACUUUGUUGAGCCUCGACUACGCUCCAUUGAUUACAAGGACUACAUUGAGCACGCGAUGCGGUGGCAUGACGGGCGUUUUGCACGCCACCCGACCUUCCGUUUCGUCGCCUUCAAUACUCUGAUGCGGUCACAGGCCCGUGCACGGUCCAAAUUUUUCGUGAAACAAUACGAUGGUAGUCAUGAACCGCUCACACGGGAGCAGCUUAUUCAGGCACUGGAGCACAGCAAGGAUCCCGAGGCGCAGGUGCUAAUCAACUCAAUCACAAGACAUGCGGUAUCUAUUCGCGGCACGCGCCCCUUCUGGAACAGGAAGAGGCAGGACCUCGAGGCCUAUGCCUACAACCUUGGAUGUCCUGGUGCAUUCAUCACAUUCAGCCCGGCAGAUCUACACUGGCGGAGCCUCUACCAGCACAUGCCCCGAUAUGAUGAAUGGCUUGCUGCGUCCGAGUCCGAGAGGAUGGGUCUCUCGCGCCAACUUUUGCGUCAGAAUCCUCACAUUGCUGCUUUCCAUUUCUACCGCCGGUACUGCUUUUUCCGAGAUAUCGUGUUAAGAAAGAAGUUCAACAUUACGGAUUACUGGGAUCGGUAUGAAUGGCAAGGGCGUGGCAGUCCGCACAACCAUGGCCUGUACUGGAUGGAGAAUUGCCCAAGAGUCGACAUGGCGGAUGAAGCCGCUCGUGAUGUUUUUGCACGCGGGUGGGGAUUGCACAUCACUGCAAUUAAUCCUGAGCCGAGUAGGACUAUGCCCCAGGGUGAGGGCAACCCCCUGAGCGUAGAUCCACUGAGUACAGAACUGACAUUCCUGCGUCUCUCACAAAUCGUCAACCGCUGCCAGCGCCACAGGUGCAAUACCACGUACUGCCUGCGUGUGAGGACGAGAACGGGUGAUUUGGCCAGGGACAUGGAAGGAGCUGCUGCAGAUAUUGAGGCGGCCAAUGCGGCCAAUCCAGAGCGGGAGUGUCGUUUUGACUUUCCUCGUGCUUUGCGGGAGCUGGCCGCCGUGAUCAGGAAGGAAGGCAAGUCGUACUACGUCUUCGAGGCGGCGCGGAAUGACAAUCUCAUGAAUCACUUCAAUCCCGCCAUUAUACUAGGCUGGCUUGCCAAUAUUGACAUAUCUCCUUGCACCAGCUUACAGGCGGUCAUUACCUACGCUGCCAAGUAUUGCAGCAAAUCUGAGAAGAAGACCGAACCUUACUGUAAGCUCGCAGACCAAGUUUUGCCGCACACGGCACACCUUCAACCCCUAUUAUCCUUCUCCUCCCGCCUAAUGAAUAAGCUGAUUGCCGAGAGGGAUUACUCGGCGCAGGAGAUUUCCCAUCUGCUGCUUAACAUUCCUCUGCAGGAAGGCACGCGGAUGGUGGUCUCCGUGGACUGCCGUCCGUUGGAGCAACACGCACGUUCGUAUCGCGUCGAUGAAGAUGUCAACGAGACCGUCGGCAGCUACAGGAAAUAUCUGGAGAGAAGUGACCAACAUGAGGAUGUAACCUACCUCGAGUAUCUGCAAUCGUACAAUCUCAAGACGUGGAGGAGACUCGCUGCCAACGCGAAGAAGAGAGUCCUGUCUUACUUCCCUCGAUACAGGUCCAUGGAGGCAUCUCCCCAGUUUAAUGACUUCUGCCGUGUUAAAUUAAUGAUGGUGCAUCCCCAUCGCUCUCCACAAGAGUUGCUCAUUGUGGGCGGGCUGCGGUUCGAUUCCUUCGCGGCUGCGUACAAGUUUUGCAGAGAGCACCAUGGCAUCCAUGCGGACGACCAUUAUGGGGAGCCAGAUACAAAUGAAUUGAGGGCAGAGGACGAUGAAUUUGAGCUUGAGAUCCAUGAAGAACCCACCGUGGAGGAGGACUGGCAUGAACUCGCCCGCAUGCUGCCUGACCGGCCGCUGGAGGAAGAGGAUAUCGACAUGCUCGGCCGCCGAGACAUCGACAUCAAUUAUGAUUGGACCCCUCACGCUGGACGGUAUACCGAUGAUGGUAUUCUCAACGGCGACUACUGGAAGCAACACAAAGCGGGAAACCCCCUUGACCUUGAUGUGGAUCAUCAGCCCUUGGAAGCUCGCGAUUCCCUAAAUCGAGACCAGCGCCUGGUGUAUGAUACGGUGAUGGACCACUUUCUGAAUCAGGAGCCUUCUCAGUUGUUGCUCCAUGUAGAUGGUGGAGGUGGUACUGGCAAGUCAUACCUCAUUAAUCUGCUCUCCGCGCACCUCCAAGCUGCGGCUGGCGGGAGAGGGACACCUGUUUGGCGUGCCGCGGCCACUGGCGUCGCGGGAAAUCAGAUAUCGGGCACUACCCUGCAUUCCCUGUUACACCUCCCAAUCAAUAAGGACUUCAAGCCCCUCUCAGCCAUUGAUAAGGCCCAGCUCCAGAAAAAGCUCAAGGACAUCAAGUAUCUAAUCAUCGAUGAGAAGAGCAUGCUGGGACUGCGACAGCUAUCCUGGGUCGAUGACCGUCUGCGCGAGGCGUUCCCGAGUAGGAAUGAUGAGUUCUUUGGUGGUCUCAUCAUCCUUCUGGUUGGCGACUUCUUUCAACUACCCCCCGUGCUACAGAAGCCGCUCUAUUACGACAAAGAGGUACAGGGAGUAGAGAUCAAAGGCAGGAACGCGUAUAGACGCUUUGAUAAAUCGGUCUUCUUGAAGGUUGUCCAACGGCAACGAGGCGACGAUCAGAAGGCGUUUCGCACAGCUCUCGGGGAAUUGCGGCUGCUCCAACUAUCGGCGGAGUCCUGGAAGCUCCUUUCCAGCCGGGUACAGGCAGAGCUAGAUGAUCAAGAGGUCGCCAGGUUCGCCAAAGCCUUACGAGUAUAUGCCACUAAAGAUAGGGUGAACGAAUAUAACCACUACCACCUUGAUCGCCUGAGCCGGCCAGUCAUUCAGGUCAAGGCUAAGAAUGUCGGGUUUGGCGCGGCUGCGGCCGCUGACGACAAGGCAGGCAACCUGGCGAAGCAAAUCCCCAUAUGCAUUGGCGCCCGUCUGAUGCUGACGUGCAACCUCUGGCAAGAAGUUGGUCUCUGCAACGGCGCUCGUGGCACGGUGUACGACAUUGGCUGGGUGCCUGGAGCUGACCUCGUCCAAGACCCUCUCUGUGUUAUCAUGAUGGAGUUUGACAAGUAUAGCGGACCGGUGUUCCUGACCACCCCUGAUGGCAGAAAGAUUGUCCCGAUUCUUCCAGUAGACAGGGACUUCCUCAUUGGAACCACUCUCUGCACUCGCACCCAGUUUCCCCUGAUUGUAUGCUACGCUAUUACCGUGCACAAGUCGCAAAGCAUCACUGAAGAUGUGAUCGUUACAGACCUCUCCUGCCGGGACUUUCAGACUGGCCUCAGCUACGUAGCUGUCUCUCGUGUGAAAACGCUCCAGGGCCUAAUGCUGGAUGCCCCAUUUGAUCGCAGUCACCUGUUUUAUGAGUCUCCCCCAGAGGGUAUGAAGAUGAAGCUGAGGGACCAAGAGCUAAGGAAACGGCAGGUUCUUACACGGAAUCCCUAUAAGAUAGACCAUGUUUCUGCAUAG